UUAUGUACCAUACAGAAAUGGACAUGUAAUCCAAACAGCUACAUGACGCAUUAAGUGAUAACUCUUUAAUGUCACAGACACACCCUGAGCACACAUUUACCAACUUGGCUGGUUGCCCUAGCUGCUUGUCUUUUGUUGGUCUGUCAAGUUUAGCAUGCUGAUAACAGUGUUAGUGCAAACAAAGCAGUGAGUAUAUGAACACAGGUUAAUGCACCCCUCCCAUUAGGCAUGGAUAUAAAAACAGGCCACCGGUUUUGCUGCUGUUUCUGUCCUGUGCCAGCCAGCACAUUUUUCCUUUCUUCUGGAGAGACAGUUAGCAUUCAGAAAGCAUGGCUUUUGUAGCACCACCAGGCUACCAGCCUAUAUAUAAUCCAAGCAUCCCAUAUGUAGGGCCUAUCUGUGGUGGUCUUAGAGCGGGGAUGUCACUCUAUAUCCAGGGAAAGAUUCAACAUCAUAUUAGCAACUUUCACGUAAAUCUGCAGUGUGGUGAAUUUGAUGGAUGCGAUAUUGCUUUCCACUUAAACCCUCGUUUUGACUUCUGGGACAAAGUGGUCUUCAAUACUUUCCAGAAUGGCGUAUGGGAAGGAGAGGAGAAAGUUCAUAAGAUGCCAUUCCACAAGGGAGAGCAUUUCGAGAUGGUCAUUAUCGUCAACUCGGAGGGCUAUCAGGUGAAUGUGAAUGGGCGAGAGUUCUACCUCUUUCAGCACAGAAUGCCUCUGGAAAGGGUGUGUGCAUUGGAGAUUGGGGGAGAUGUGUCCAUUGAUAGCAUCAACAUCAUCGGGGGCAUACAAGGCAUGGGGGGAGGAUGGCAAGGUGGAAUGGGUGGUGGCAUGGGGGGAGGAUAUCCUGGAGGUGGACCUGGUGGAUAUUAUCCUGGUGGUGGAAUGGGGGGAGGCUAUCCAGGAGGUGGAAUGGGUGAGGGAGGAUAUCCAGGAGGUGGAAUGGGUGGCAUGGGGGGAGGUUAUCCAGGACCUGGGUUUGGGGGAGGAAGCAUGGGGUAUCCAGGAGGAAAUCUGCCAGUGAUGGGAUUGCAGCCUAUCUUCAACCCUGGCAUUCCCUAUUCAGAUAUGAUCCCUGGUGGAAUGGUAUCCAGGAGGACCAUUAUCAUUAGAGGCAUGGUGCCAUAUGGAGCUGACAGGUUUCACAUUAAUUUUUUAGUUGGAGCCUCAAGAGACAUAGCCUUUCACCUCAACCCUCGAAUUAGAGAUGGAGUGGUAGUGCGUAACAGCCAGAUUGGUGGUUGCUGGGGUGAAGAAGAAAUAGAUAUCAACUUCAACCCCUUCCUGGAGGGACAGUACUUUGAAAUCUCCAUUCGCUGUGGUGAAGAGAAGUUUAAGGUGUAUGCAAAUGGGCAGCACAUGUGUCAUUUCUUCCACCGUUUCCAGCCUUACAAUCAGAUUGACAUGUUGGAGGUGCAGGGAGACGUCCAGCUCUCAUACAUCCACUACUGAGUCUGCCUUCCCAGUGCAUCUCACUUUGUUCCUGCUUUAGCUUUUAGGAAUGCCUGUGUAAUGAGCAUUAGUGAAACUUGUUUUGUUAUAUGCAAAUCAAUAAAUAAUGUAUCCUUUA